GAAACGGUCUCAUUCCUACCGAGACCGUUGUUGGGUGUUGAAGAGAAUGUUUGAGGUAUUAAAAACUCCUACGCUCUCCCAAUAACACAAAAAUCGUAUUUUGUGAAUGGGAAUGAGGCUUGUGUCAACAAACUACAGGACGAUUUGAUCGACGGGAAGAAAAAACUACUUGGACGUUAUUUUUUAUCGUGUUUACGUGCCGGUGGCCAAUUCACAGUAGCGGUUUGAGGAGAAUCCUGAGAGGAAAUCAAACGCGAAACGCCCGGCGAACUUUGUACCGCUUGUGAACUUUACCGUAUCGAUUCCAGCCAUGGAAUACAAAGUGGAAGCCCAUCGGAUUAUGAGUAUUUCCUUAGGGAAAAUCUACAACUCACGCGUUCAACGAGGCGGCAUUAAAUUGCAUAAAAACCUCCUGGUCUCGCUGGUCCUUCGCAGCGCGCGUCAGGUCUAUCUGAGCGACUACUACAGCGGCGCUUACCUGAACGCUCAGAGCGAACGCGAAGGGAACGAAUGGGACAUCACGGACUCAGACCGGGAGAAAUUCCCUCCCUCUGCAACGGAAUGCGACCGAGUGGAGAGCACAGAGGAACCGCAACAGAGCGAGCAGCCCGAGAAAGGGCGCGAAUAUCGUGAAAACGACGAUGAGGUGAAAUCAGACCAGGCGGAUUGUAACGUUACUUCCACUUUACAACAAGAGCAAAACCAAAACUCUUCGCUAGACUCUGUGGCUAAGGUUUCAUCUGAAACACCGCCGGAAACCAACGAGCCCGAGGAGAGUCCCUCAGACAGUGCAGCAGCAGAACGCGACUCAACGCCUGAAGCGAACGGGGAAUCACAUCAACCACCCAAAACACACGUUUGUUCAAACAGGAAAAGAAGCGCGGAGGAGUCGGAAAGUGGCGAUUCGCCUCAAAAGAGGACCAAAGUUACUUCCUCAAACGCUAAAGAGGACGAGGAAGCCGAGGAGAUGGACACGAGUAACGUGUCCAACCUCAUAACGAUAUUUGGUUCCAGUUUCUCGGGACUUCUCAGCAAAGACAGCGCCAAACCCGAGGCCGAGGCAGAGGAUAGUGGACAAAUCUGCUGUGACCAAAUGCUGAAGAACCUAAACCCUUGGAGUACGGCGAUAGUAGCUUUCUAACUGUAUUGUACUGCACUGUACUUCUCAUCCGGGUUGCCCUGGGCGCAUUGGUAACACGUGGUCAGGCCCGACAUCGUAGUGUGGGACUUCCCAGCAAGCGUGAGUGCUGCUACCAAAGUAACUACAAGCUCAGUUCGGCCUGUAAGAUGUCCAGGCAUGCCUUUCUAGUGAAGGAACUGUCUGAAUGCUGGUGCUACUCCUUGGGAUCUACUACAGUCCUUGAAGUGUUGAACUCAGACCACUCUGAAGCCACGUGAGCGAGUGGUAUUACAACAUAUGCAAACGUGUCAUGAAGGUCAAUAUUACAUUGUCACUGAACCGAUUCAGGGUCGAGCACACCAAACUUGACUGUACGAGGUUUAGACCACUGUUUUAACGUCUUUGUUUUAUAAAGACCUGUACAUUUUGUAAUAUUCGUCUGUGUGUGUGUGUGUGUAUAUAUAAUGUUUCCCAUGUCGCAUUCUGAAUCUAUGUAUUUUGGUAUCAUGACAAUUUACGUGGUGCUCACGUAUUAAAAAAAAAAAUGAAAUGA